UUACUUUCUAUUUGUUGUAAAUAUUUAUAAGAAUGCAUUAAGCAAGCAAAAAGCCAAUUUAAAAUAGUCCAAAAUGAGGCAUUAAAGUGAAAACCAGGUUUUGUGUAUGUUGUUCAACCUGAACAAUUCAACAAUUGCAUAUUUUUCACCUUCCAAAUACACGCACAAGGACGGGCCACUGGCUGUCGUCGACGUCGUCUUUUUCGCUCUAAUUUCCCAGUGCCAAAAAAAGAUAAUUACAAACUGCUGCAGCGCGCUUAACACAACACCUGCUGCAAGAACCAUUUAGCAAUAGAUAGAAAGGCCAAGACGAUGACGAAGACGAAGACUAUGAAAAUUCAGCAGAUGUAACGGAAACUGGGAAUACGAGAAUAGUCAAAAAUACUCACACACAAAGCUGGAACAAAUCACUAAACACAAAAGAUAAGCACACAAAGUACAUGCCAAACUUUUCCACUUAUCGGAACUUCGUCGCCAAAGUGCACAGAACAAGCAAACAAUGAGCUGGCUUCGUACGAGUCCAUUGCGUCAGAGUCUCACACGCAACAGUGGUGGUAACGGCUCCGGGGGCAGUGGCAACUCUGGCAAUGCUUCGGCAACGGUGCGUCAACGCCCCAUAGACGCUGCCACAGACUGUGAUCCGCGCGCUUGCUACGAUAGCUUCUGCAAGCACUGGCAGCAGGCACAUGAAAUUAUUCAGCAUGCGGGUCCGCCCACGCACGACGAUGUUCUGGGCGUCGUCUCACAUCUGGAUUAUAUGGUGACGCUGCUGCUUGUGGAGCUGCAUCAUUGCAACAAGGUGUCGCUGCCAACGGCAGAUGCUGCACCGCCGACAGCGCCCUGCCUGGAGUAUCUGCUCAGCGAGAAUCUGCUGGACAAGCUAUACGAAUGGGCAAGCACAACGGGUCGCUAUGCGAAUGCAGUGCGUCUGGAGCAGCUAAAACUUUAUGAGCUGCUCGUGAGUCACUCACGGCAUCAGCUGCUGUGUCACGAGCCAUUUUUGCGUCCGCUGCUCAAAAUUCUCGCCUCCAGUCAGGGCGAGAUAUUUCCGCCCGAUCUAGAGAAACGUCUUGUAAUCCUGCUGAAUCAGCUGUGCGUGGUGCUCAUGCAGAAUGUCCAUCUACUCGAUUUGUUCUUCUUCUCGGCCCAGACACAGGUGCAGGAGCAAAUUCAAAAUGGCAGCUUGGCCGCACCCAAAAGUGGCACAACAACCAAUUUCAUUAUCUUCUCGCUGCUAAUACCAUAUGUGCAUCGAGAGGGCAGUCUGGGUCAUCAGGCACGCGAUGCUUUGCUGCUGUGCAUGGCUCUAUCGCAGAAGAACUCCAACAUUGGCCACUACAUUGCACAAUACUCGUCCAUUUGCCCGCUGCUGGUCACUGGCCUCGGCGGUCUCUACUCGCGUCUGCCCAACAGCAUCGAGGUCAGUGCUAUUGACUGGCAUCGCAUAACGCCCGACGAUGUCGCCGAGAUUCCGGAGCUAACGUUGUUCAUGAACGCCCUGGAGUUCUGCAAUGCGGUUGUUCAGGUGGCGCAUGAGAUGAUUAAGCAGCAGCUACUUGAUUUUAUGUACCAGGGUUUUAUUGUGCCGGUGCUCGGCCCGGCUAUACUCCAGACGAACAUCGACUCACAAAUCUCGGCCAUGUCGUACCUUGAUCUGAUACUUCGCUCCAUCACUGAGCCUGGCCUGAUGCGUGCCUUUGUCAAAUUUCUACUCGACACGGAGAAGUUUGAUGGCGAACGCAUUCUGGAUGCGCUCGUGGAGCGACUGCAUUCGCCGGAUGCUAAUCUGUGUAUGGUGACAAUGGCUCUGUUUGAUACUCUGCUCGGCUUGCACUGCGAGGAUCUGAUGCUGGAGCUGUUACUCAAGUAUAUGCUGCCGGGCAAGCAUGUGCCCAUCUCGCAUCGCCACAAAAUCAACAAGAUCGAUCCGUAUCUGAACACGACCGAGUUUUUCUUGGAGCUCACUCCGGACGUAAUGAAGCGAGCUCGUGAUCUGGCGCGCCCCAAAAGCGUACACGAACUGGUUGAUCCAGGAGCAGCGUUAUCGUCCACAAUGCUACCCAGCCUGCCUUCACCGGUGAUGAGCAAAACCAUUGGCGCCAACUGGAACUACUACGGUCACUACACAGGCGACAGUUUGUAUGCCAACAUCCAGGCGUAUCUGUUUGAGGCGCAUUCACGCAUCGCUCAGUGCCAACGCGACUGCGGCAAGUGGGCGAACAACUAUCGCUAUCAGAAGUGGCCACGACAGGGCCAGGUACGAGCUACAUCCCAUGCCCUGGAGCUGGCCAGGCAGUUCUUUAGCGAAUUUGGCACAGCAACGCCAGUCGCAGUUGCGGCAGUUGCUAGCAGCGAACUAGGCGAGAAACAGUUGGACAGCCUGCAGUCUAUUGGUGAGUCCAGCGGCUAUGAGUCGUUCAAAUGGCGACCAGAUGAUGCCGAUGCCAACGAUGCGACCACAACAACAGCAACUAGCGAUCCAGAUGUGGAGCACAACAACAGCAGUAAUCACAACAACAGCAGCAUCAACAGUAGUGGACGGCGCGAUUUGUGGCGCGUCUCGCACAGCGCACGCAAUGAGAUCUUGCUCACCGAUUUGGACUUCUCGGAGGAUUUGUUUGCGCAGGGCACCGUAAACUUGGGUCCCUUUCUGAAUGCCAUUUGGGGCAAACUGCAAACCUUUACGAGCAACUCGCUGUAUGUUAAUCUGCAUUUAACUGGGCUGAUUACACGACUUGCCUGGUAUCCACUGCCGCUCAUCCAUUCGCUGCUGCUGCGUUCCGACAUUGCGAUCACGUCGGACACGCCCUCGUUCCAUCAAGUGCUGCGCAUGCUGAAGCAGCAAAUCGAUGCAGAGCUGCCGGUGGCGGAGAACUCACUGGAGAUCAUCGAUGUGGCGCGUUCAUCGCUGAUUGAUCGCGAAUUUCGUUUGAUCAAUGCGCGCAAGGUUAGCGACAAUUCACCGCUGCAUCAGCAGCAUCACCAGCAACAGCAGCUCCAACAUACAACCAAUUCCACACAUCAGCAGCAACAGGCGCAGCAGCGUUCCACAUAUGCAACGCUGUCGGCGGCGACACCAAUGCAUGCCACACCCACCAGCGCCUAUGAUCCCUUUCGACGCAGUGACAAUAAGCGACGCAGCAUUAGCGCGUCCAUAUCGAACAUAUUCGGGCGGAAGUCCACAUCAUCCACAGCGGCCGCAAAUCCAAAUCCGGCUUCAUCUGGCUUAUCACAAAUUUACGCAUUCUUCACCGGUGCCGCUUCCACGCUGGUGGGUGGCAUCAACGGGGAGGUGAAUUCACGUGGCGUCGCACAAGAGAACCCGAGGGGAAACACCUGUGAGACGAGUUUGAGCACCACGCCACGAUUAGACGCACAAGCAACAUCAGCGAGCAGCACUAACAGCUCCAUUGGUGGCUCCACACAAACAUUAUCCGCAACCCACUCAUCGAGCACGCUGCAUGGCGUGGAGAGUGGUCCACAGACGGCCAGCUUUAACUCGGAACCAGUAUCCAUGGACUCGGUAGCCUCGAUGGGCAUCAUAGCGAAUACCAGCGGAACGGAGCGCUCACGUGAUUUGGCCUUGUGUGCCGUCCUGCUGGAUGAAUGGCUUAAGGAACUGGCGGCAAUUGCACUGGAACAGAGCGUUGUCCUGGUCACGGAGCAAUUGCUCUGACAACGGACGGACAGUUAUGAGAUAUGCAAUGGUUAUUGGAUUUGUUGACGAUUAUUUAUUUAACCAGUUCAAUUAUUUUUAACUGAUACCUAUUAUUUCCUGUUAAAUUAUCAACAUUGUGUUAGUGUAUAUGUAUUUUAACCAACUUGUUCGAACAAAUUCGCACUUGAACAGAUUUUCCCUAAAAACGAAACAACAAGAAACAAAAGAAACACUCGUUAAUCUAUUUAGUCCCUAAGUUUAAAAUUGUAAACAAACAUCGUUGCUAGCUGACAAACAGAAAAAUUUUAAGUGUUCAAAUGUAAAAAAUUAUUCUAAUUACAAGCAAUAGGCAUAUUAUGUAAUAUAUAUAUACACUUAUAUAUACUUAUACACCUUUAUAUAAAACAAAAGAUAAAGCAUGAGAAAAUUUUACACCACGGCAUAUAGCAUAUCUAUUUUUGCAAUAUAUAUUUUAUGCUUUUAUGUAUAUACAACAUGAAAUUAUAGAAAGUGUUUAAAUAACGUAAAAGUAUUAAAUUGGUCCAAUUAAACCUGCACACUCAAA